CCCCGCGGUCCGUGCCCGUCCAUCCUCCGGUUACCACGACCAAAGGAGACAGGCACCUCCCUCCAAGACCCAAGACAUUCCCAGGUCAUGCUAUGAGUCAGCAGCAUCCACCUCGGCCUGCCUCUCGAGGCCGCAAUCACGGUCGCCCACCCCUACACCACCGGCCAUUUAACCCCCAAAAACGGGGAGAGAGGAGGGCACCCAGCUGGCGCUGACUUUUUCGCCCACAGCUCUUUGGGCCGGUACCAGCUGUCUGGGCAGUGCUUGAGCUGCAGAAACUAGGACCAGCCCUCGGCAGACCACUGACCUGACCCACCCAGUGGUCUCUUUAUUAGCAGCUUCUGCUGCUGCAUCGGACACUUUCAGCUGCAACUCCCUGCAAGGUGGGGCACCCAUCUCAGGCAGAAGAUUUUGGUGUAUCCUACUGACUCUACUCCCCAGGGCUUCGGCUGCCUGUGGCCUCAGAAUGAAAGGGGAGACGCCUGUGAACAGCACUAUGAGUAUUGGGCAAGCCCGCAAGAUGGUGGAACAGCUUAAGAUUGAGGCCAGUUUAUGCAGGAUAAAGGUGUCCAAGGCAGCAGCAGACCUGAUGACUUACUGUGAUGCCCAUGCCUGCGAGGAUCCCCUCAUCACCCCUGUGCCCACUUCGGAGAACCCCUUCCGGGAGAAGAAGUUCUUCUGUGCCCUCCUCUGAGCUACCAGGUCCCUCUCACAACUCACCUUAUCCUCUCGUGAGCCCUUCCUUAGGUCAGUAACUGUCAUCAGCCCUUGAGGGUCCCUUGCAUACUCUUUCUGGCCCUUGCCCAAACCUGUGAGGUUAUCUGAAGCACAAGGCCCUCCCCUCACCUAUCUGUCGACUCCAUUUCCACGCCCAAUGGGGCACCCUUUGCUCCUCCCACAAUAGGGCCACCAGACUCUUGCCAGCUUCCUGCCCACUUCCCUUCUGUGACCCUCUCACACAAUGGAGAGAGGGAUGGGCUGGGUGCUUGCUCCCAGUCUCACCUGGAGCUACUGGAAGGGUAAAGCCAUUUGAAGAAUAAAAUCAUCCAUAGUCUCAGAG